UCCUAAGAUUUUCUAACGAUUCUCUGUUUUUUGCAUUCAUUAGUCAUUCAUCCAUACAUUUUUUACGUAACAAACAGAGAAAUCUUAGGAUCUUAAAAAGGUGCUUUCAAAAAUCUCCAUUUCAACCUUUUCAAUUACUCACAAUGCCACGAGACAAUACUGCGAGCAAACAUAUUGCAGUGCUUGCAUUUCCAUUCGCCACCCAUGCAGCGCCACUCCUCAGCCUCAUUCGUAGGCUAUCUGCGGCGGCUCCGGUCGCCAAAUUUUCUUUCUUUAGCACCGCACAAUCGAACAGCAUGAUAUCCAAUGAAAAUGAGAGGUGCGAAGCUAUAAAACAUUAUAAUGUGGCGGAUGGGACACCGGAAAACUACGUGUUUUCUGGUAAUCCAGGGGAGCCGGUGGAGAAUUUUAUUAAGGCGACCCCAGGGAAUUUUAAGACUGCUAUGGCGGAGGUCCUGAAAGAUACUGGAAAGGGAUUUAGUUGCAUUAUUACUGAUGCAUUUUUUUGGUUUGCAGCGGAUAUGGUGGCGGAAUUGCAUGUUCCUUGGGUGGCGGUUUGGACCGCCGGUCCACUCCCCGUCCUCCUGCAUAUUGAAACGGAUCUAAUCCGAGAAAAAUUGGGAAUUGAAGAACUUGGAUUUAAUGGACUUGAAGGAAAAACAGUCGAUUUCUUUCCCGGAAUUUCUGCAAUACCGGCAAUUCACUUGCAGCCGGAAUUGACCCCAAAAGAGAUAAAAGAAGAUAUGCAAAAAAUGUUAUACAAAAUGGGAUUAAUGUUACCACUAGCAACGGCACUUGUUAUAAACGCAUUCGAAGAAAUGGAUACUUCUGUCACAAAAGCACUAAAGUCAAGAAUUGAAAAGGUUUUAAAUAUUGGUCCCCUUGUCUUAACAUUACCAGAUCAGGUGAAUUCUGAUUCAUAUAACUGCCUAGAAUGGUUAACCAACCAAAAACAAGAUUCAGUUGUGUACAUUAGUUUCGGAAGUGUAGUAACACCACCACCUCAUGAACUAGCAGCAUUAGCAGAAGCGUUAGAGGCGUACGACUGUCCAUUUAUUUGGUCGUUUAGAGGCAAUCCGGAUGAGAAGUUGCCGAAAGGGUUCCUAGAAAGGACUAAAGAGAAGGGGAAAGUAGUUCCCUGGGCUCCCCAAUUACAAAUCUUGCAGCACAGUUCAACCGGAGCUUUUAUAACGCAUUCUGGAUGGAAUUCAUUUCUGGAAAGUGUUGUCGCAGGCGUGCCUAUGAUAUGCAGGGCGUUCUUCGGGGAUCAGAUUUUGAAUCGGUGGGCGAUUGAAAAUAUAUGGGAGGUCGGAGUCGGGAUUGAAGGUGGGAAGAUCAGUAAGGAUGGCACAAUGAAAGCGUUACAGCUUGUUUUGUCAAGCCAGCAAGGGAAAAAUAUGAGACAGAGACUUGAUGCUCUCAAAAAAAAUGCUUUUGAGGCUGUGCGACCACAUGGUAGCUCUACUGCAAAUUUCACAACUUUGGUAGAGAUAGUCACCCAGUAAACAUUUACAAAUUACUGACAUUCUUUUAGUUUUGGUAAUGGGUUUGAUUGAUUAUAGUUAAUGAGUUAAUAAUUCCACGGAAAAGGAAGAGGUAGAUAUAAAUUUUUUUAAUUAAUGUUAA